AUGCUCCAAAGAAUCCGAGAAGGCAAAAUGGUCGAAUGGGGCGAGUUGGAUGGCCAGCUUUACGGUACUUGUGCUGAUUCAGUUCGAUCAGUAGUACGAAGUGGACGAAUGUGUGUGCUGGACUGUGCUCCACAAGCACUCUCACAUCUUUAUAACUCUGAAUUUAUGCCAUUUGUGGUGCAUAUCAUCCCACCACAACUUGAAGAGUUCCUGCAGUUGGAAAAUUUGCGGCAUCACCGGCGACCUGUCGAUCAGCUCAGUAAGGUGUGCGCUGAAAGCGAUCAAAUCGCUAACGGACCAUAUGCGGACCAUAUCCAUCUCACCUUAAUGAACCGAAAUUUGGAUGUUACCUUCAAGAGGUGGGUGGUACCAAGAACUUUCUUUCACAUCUCUCAAGGCGUAUUAGGUUUACUUCCACUCUUUUUUUAUUUUAUCUGA